CCGUUCUUUGAUUGGCUUCACAAACGAGAAUAUCUUCUCGGAUUAUUCCGGCUUAUCACGACAUUUCACGAUUUUGACCGAAAAUGGGAUGCUGAAGCUGAAAGUUAGCCAAGUUUUUUUGAAAUUGGAUCAAGUUUAUAAUUACGUGUAACACAGAAAGAAAUGGAGUACAGUACAUAUUCUGAGAUGGAUUGUGAUCUGGAUGGGCGAUGUCGAGACAUGUUCUGGGAGUUUGUCUACAUCGUGGUCAUCCCUGGGGCCGUCCUCUUCACUAUUGUAUUCAUUACAAGCAUUCUCAUGUGCUGUAAUACAUGUAAAAGGAAGAAAAGUGAUAUUCUGACAGAUGAGACCCAGUUGCUUCAGUACAACUCGAUACGUCGUGCCUCUCUGAAUCUCCGCCACCUGUCCAGGAAUCGGGACACACCCCUGUUGUCAGCUCGUGCAGAUCGAGAGUACAGGACGGCCUCAUUAAACAUGGACGGGGAACAGAGGUACAGACGGACGGGACAUGCAACCUCCAGCGCUCCAGGCACUUUGCAAAGAGAUCGGGAUAGGCGUCAGCGUCAUCAGAUGACAAGGCGUUCCCUUACAGAUGUUCUACAAGCGGCUGCAGAUGGCCUACAAACAAGCACAGAGUAUAAAGAAUCUGUUCCAACAUCUGAGCAACAACAGGAAUCAGGAAGGAAACAAAGUCAGUCAAGCAUGCAAGCGCAGGGAUCUGGGGUGGAGUAUGCAGAGUUGAACCACGAGGCAAUGACGGCCAGCACAUCUGCUGGUUCACCCAGUGAGAGACUCAUACAAUAGAGCACAUGAGCAAUAGCUUGUUAAGCAUUGUUUAACAUGAACUAAUCAUGCUUUGAUACAAUAGAACACAUACAACAUGAGCAAUGACAUGAUGAACAUUGUUUAACAUGAACUUUUUGUGUUAUUUUACGUUACAAAACAUUUACAUGAACAAUGGCAUUUAUUCUUUUUAACAUAGACUAAUUGUGCUUUUAUACAAUAGAACACAUAAUAGAUAAUCAAUGGUGUGUUAAGUGUAAAAAUAGCUCACACAACUGAACUACUUGACAUGAACAUACCCAGUGAAUAACUGGUACAAUAGAUUUAUCAGACAUUCAGAAUGUUUUGUGGUACCUUGUGAAAAACUCGUACAAUAAAAAUAGGUAACAUGAACAUACA